CGGUGCUGGGCUUUGUUAUGGGUUCGAGUCCCGCCUCCAGCCCACCUGACGGUCCUCCCGCCACCCGCAGGGCUCUGGUGCAGACUGGAAGGUCCCUCGGAAGUUCUCGCCCAAGUUCAAAACACCCUCCGGGGCCGGGGCUCCCCAGUUUCCUCCCCGGACAUCUCAGCUCCAGCCACCUGGGACGCGCCGCUUUGGCAAGUGCCCUGCUCCCGAGGCCCAGGUUUUCGUCGGGGCAUCUGACCAUGACCCUGUGAGCCGAAGCCACCGCUGAGUCGCGUUUCCCCCGCUGCACUCCUACGCGCUCUGGAAGGCCGCAGGAUGAAGCGCUUCCCCGCCAGUGUGAUUUUGAUUGUGGCCAUUUCCAAUGUGUUUGACCUGAAAGGAGAAGCAGGUUCCAGGGGCCACACACCUGCCCUCCCGCCCCAGGGAGACCUGGCCUUCAGCGAUGACAGCAUCCGGGCCCCCGGGGUGCGACCCUUACAUCCCAGGGCCUCCCAGUUUGUGCCGCCGAUGGGAAUCCAGGACAGCAAGGAUCUGAACAAAACCUGCUGUCUGAAUGGGGGCACCUGCAUCUUGGGGUCCUUCUGUGCCUGCCCCCCCUCCUUCUAUGGGCGCAACUGUGAACGCAACACAUACACACAGAAAUGUGGCUCUGUGCCCCAUGGCGCCUGGUUGCCCCAGAAGUGCUUCAUGUGCAGGUGCUGGCUCGGCCAGAUCCGCUGUUUCCCCCAGACCUUCCUCCCUGGCUGCGGUGAGCUGGGUCCCUUCUUGUCCUGGCGGAUUCCUCAGUGGCCCAGGGUGCCCCCAUAACAGAUGGCUGCCGAAGAGACUCGGUC